AUGGAGGAGGACGACGCGGCCGUGGCGAUUCGCGUGCUGAAGGAGCGGCUGACGUGGCAGCCGAGCGCCGUGACGAGCCGCGGAGAGCGCGGGGAGAAUGGGGAGCGCGGGGAGAGGGGAGAGAGUGGGGAGAGCGCGGAGAGCGACAGCAGCAGGCGCGUGCGGGAGGUGCUUCUGACGGCGGAGAACGAGAGUAAUCGCGAGCGGCUGCACGGCAUGCUUCGCGACGUGGCGUGUGACGGGUUGUGCCUCUCGCUGCUGCUGCUGGGACCCAGAGGAUGCGGCAAGACGCUGCCUGAGGGAGGUACGCCGGGGGACGAGAGCAGUCGCCAGCGGCUGCACGGCAUGCUGCGCGACGUGGCGUGCGAUGGACCGUGCCUCUCUGUGCUGCUGCUGGGACCCAGGGGAUGCGGCAAGACUCUGGUGUGUGCCUUGUCUAUUCCAGUCCUUCAUCUCCCAUUUCAUCCCUUCACCCCGCCUCAGGUGCUGCAGCGUGUGUUGACUGACCUGCGCGCAUCACCCCACACCCCAUCGUUUCUAGCUGUGCAUCUGGAUGGUCGCAUGCAUGCUGACGACCGAGCUGCUCUCAAGUUCCCUCAUUUAUGUCCCUCGUACUUCAUCCCCUCCUCUGCUCUGCAGGCUCUGCUCUCAAGCCAAGAGAUCCCUCGUCGUGAGGGGCAAGCAGGGGGUACUCUACCUGCUCUUGCACCUCAUGCACUCUCUUUCAACGUGCCUCUUUCUUCUCGUCCCUAUCCAAAUCCCCGUGCUCUCCCCUCCCUCUUCCUCUCCCCACCUACCCACCUGCCACAGAGGGGCAAGCAGGGAAUACUGUACCUGCUCUUGGAUCUCAUGCACUCUCCUGACACGCACUUGGCAGUCAUUGGGGUCUCGGCCUCCCAGGACGCGGAUCAGCUCCUGGAGAAGCGAGUGCGGUCGCGCUUCUCAAACCGCAAGAUCGUCUUCCUUCCGCCGCAGCCUCACGACCUUGUCAGAUUGCUUCGUUCAACCCUGACUCUCCCGGUGCAGAGGCUGCCAUCCCUCCACUUUGCUCCUCCGAACACCACCAAUCCAUCUCACACCUCUACUGCUCCUCCCAACACCACCGAUUCGUGGGCUGCAUUCGCAACGGAGUUCAACAAAUGGGUCGAAGCAACUUUCCAGCAUCCCUCCGUACUGGCCGUUCUGCUGCAGUCGACCGCAGUGAACCGCACAGUACUCCACAUCUUCAAGCUCGGGUUCCGGGCAGUGUGUGAGAUGGUGAGGAGAGGAGGCCAGACGCUUUCAGUGGCCGAUUUUGAACGAGCGUAUGCUGCAACCACACAGCCCAUCCGACAGCAAAUGCUCUCAGGUCUGUCAGUCCUGGAGCUCUAUCUGCUAGUGGCAUUCCACCGCACCGAAGCACGUGCUGCGGCUGGCGCUGGUGGCACUGCUGGUGGUACUGGUGGGGCUGGUGGGGCUGGUGGCACUGCAGUCGAAGGAGCAGCAAGUGGAUCACACCCUAUAAAUUUCCACACAACCUUCAGAGGCGCAUCGAAGCUGAUCGACUCGUACGUCACGUCCCCCUUCGGCGCGCGCACGGGGGUCACUUUCCUCGCGCCGACCGACGACGCGUUCGCGGCGAUGCCGGCGCAAGACGCGGAGAUGCUGCGCACGAUGCCGUGGGCCAUGGCCAGCCAGCUGCUGUUCCACGUCGUCAAGAAGAGGCUGACUCAUGUCCAGCUGCGAUCCGCUCGUCCCGAAACGAAGUACGGCACCCUAUCCAACGUCGCCGUCGUCAAGGUGUAUGCGCCCAUCCUCGAGUUCGGCCCCGCAGGCUCGCCAUACGGCCCGCAGGUGUCGCGCGCUAAUGCAUAUGUGGGAGACAGCAUUGCCGUGCAUGGAAUUACGGAUGUCAUGGACCCGGGUCUCUACUCGCGCCAGUUCAUCCGUCCCCUCGUGCAGAUGAAAGCAGUCUCUGACGAUCCUGCGCUGGCCCAGGCCCGGGCACACCGUGGGCGAGUGGCAUGUGAAUCUCUGCUGGCAGCGCUGCAGAAGAAAGGACUCUCUCGCUUCACCGAGGCUCUUCAGAAGGCCGAGCUUCAGGAGUAUUUAUGCCGCAAGCUCGAGACCCAAGAGCUAACACUGAUGGUGCCGUCAAACAAUGCUUGGGAUCACCUGGCGCCUGCUGUUGCUGACUCUAUUGCAGACAACCCACAGAGUAUCAUCCAGGUGAUUCUUUUCCACAUCCUUGAGACACGACUCACUGGAGCUGAUCUUCGCAGCUCGGCACCUGGUGACCAGCCUCCUCUCUCCCCAUCCUCGUCCGCCUUAGACCUCAGUCGCCUGUCGUACGCGUUGUCCACUCCUGACGCUCUCGGUCAGUCGCUCGAAUUCAAGCAAGACCUUCCGUCGCCGGUUCAACCUGUCGGUUCGGCUCCGGCAACCGGAGGCGGUAUGUCCGUGAAGCAAUCGCUCUGCCAGGCGGUUUUACGGAUCGUUUUGGAGAAUGUCCAGAGAGACGGACAUAGCAGAGAGGUUCAGGACUCGGUGUCCAAGCACUUCGCCACGCUACCAUCAAGGUACGCUCUGAGCGUCAACCCGCAGCGUCAUGAGGACGUGUUGCUCCACAUGCAUCUCAUCAACGAGGCUCGCACGCUCAACCAAACCGACCCGGACCAAGGCCCGGUCGUCCGGGUCCGCCGGGUCUGCCUCGGCCGAGCCAAGUCGUCAGGUUCGGCAGGCGGGGGGAACGGAGGAGAUUUUCUGAGUUCCCCCAGGAGGAGGCACAGCUCGGAUUAUGCAAGCAAUAGCCCGUCCGGGAGAAGCUUGGAAGGUUCCCAGAAGGCAGCGGUUUCCGCUGCGGUAGCAGCGGCUGGCGGGAGUGCUGCUUCUGCAGGUUCUUCCAGUUCUGAAGCAUCAGGGUUACCAGCAGCGGGAGGAGCAGCAGGAGCGUCAGGAGCUUUUCCAGGAGCAUCAGGGGCAUCAGGACUGGCCGGGUCUGGGCCACAGCCGCAGCUUCAUGGGGCCCAUCCAGCUCCGCGCAGGUCCAUCCCCUGUCCCGGAACCCUCUCGCGACUCAUCCCGCAACCCACCUUCGGCUCCUCCGCGCCCAAUUGCUACAGCCUGAGCGGCCUAGGCUCCGCAGGCUCCUCUGCUGUGGAUUUGAACCAAGCUGCCGCUCCCACCUCGACCGGCCGCAAAUCCGGGUCGCUUACUGGCCGGUCGCCGUUUGGGUCUGGUAGUAUCGGCAACAACAAGGGCAGCAGCAGUCAUUUCUCGUUAGCGGCGACGUUAAGGGAAGGCGUGCCGUUUUCGUCGGCUUCGGACCUGAGGGGAGACGGUUUGGGAGGAGGGUUGGGCAGCGCGGGAGGGAUGGGGAGCGCGGGAGGGUUGGGGAGCGGCGGGGGAUUCUUGGUUGGGUCGAGAGGGUCCGCGUCGAGUCUAGGGACAGAUGUGGAUGAGGAUGAUAGUCGGAGUGGGGGGUCGAGCUGGCACGGGCCGGGAGGGGUGGAAGGGGCUGAGGGCGAUGGGUAUGUGUACGGGUGGGAGGUGUCGAUUGCGGCUCCAGAUAGACCGGGGUUGCUGACGUGGUUCACUUCGGCGCUCGCGAAUUCGGACAUGGAGCUGAACAUCAACGAGGCGCAUGUGUUCAGCACGUCAGAUGGCAUGGCGUUGCAGGACUUUGUGGUCACCACGCCAAAGCACCACCAGAACUUCUACGCCAAUGAGUUGGAGCUACAGGACGCGUUGACACACGUGGUGCGAAUCAAGUGGAGAGAGCGAGACGUGAAGCAGGCCUCAGAGCAAAUGCAGCUGGCGAAUCUGAGGGCCGUGGUGGAGGCCAUGGCGUAUGAGGACUGGGCGGUGGACUACCAUGAUUUGGGCAUAGGCGAGAGGCUGGGCGGAGGUGCGUCAGGGCGGUUGUGCAGAGGCACAUACAGAGGGCAGGACGUGGCAGUCAAGGUCAUCACGCUCGCUGCUGCUGAUGAUCUGGCCGCCUCCGGGGGAGGGUUGAGGGGAGGGCCGGCCGGGGUGGGGGAUGCGGGCAUGUCGGUGUCUAUGAGAAGUGCUACAGCGCUGGAACUGCUACAGUGCUUUAAGCAGGAGGUCGCUAUAAUGAGGAUGGUACGUCACAAGAACCUCGUACAGUUCAUUGGGGCGUGCUCGCAUUGGCCGCGGUUAUUGAUUGUCACAGAGCUCAUGGCACGGGGCAGUGUGCGGGACGUGUUGGACCAGAGGGGGUGCGGGCUGCCCCUGCCAGUGGCGCUCAAGAUCCUGAGAGACGCGGCACGCGGGCUGGACUUUCUGCACCGGAGAGGCAUUGUGCACCGGGACCUGAAGGCUGCGAACCUACUGGUGGAUGAGAACGACGUGGUGAAGCUGUGUGACUUUGGGGUGGCAAGGCUGCUGCCAUCGAAGCAGGCAGGGCAGCUGUGUGGGGAGCCCACCGCCAAGUCACGGCCAGACAUGACAGCCGAGACAGGCACCUACCGCUGGAUGGCACCUGAGGUGAUGGAGCACCAGCCGUACGACCAUCGCGCUGACAUCUUCUCAUUCGGUGUCACCAUGUGGGAGGUCAUCACAGGCGACCUUCCCUACACUGGCCUCACUCCCCUUCAAGCAGCCAUUGGAGUCCUGCAAAGGAACCUACGCCCGCCUCUCCCUCCCGGCCUGCCAUCUUGCAUCAGCAGUCUCAUCACACGCUGCUGGGCUGCUGACCCUGCUGUCAGGCCAGAAUUCACAGAGAUACUCUCAACUUUGGAUGGCUGCUUGAAAGGCGUCCCACCAUCCUCACUUGUAAUAGGCUCCGCCAUUGGAACAGGAGAAAGUAGCAGUGGCAGCAGUGGAGGUUCCAUUGGACAUCUCAUUCGAAAAUCCAUUUUCGGCGGGGGUGGAUCUAAGAAAUAUUGA